AUGAAAAGCAGUGCUCACAGAAUUAUGCAUCGAGUAACUGCAGCUAUCUCCAGCUUAUCUCGUCAACUUAUAGAAUUAACUACAAUGCUAGAAGAAAUAACAGAUGCACAAGUGGAUUUUAAUGCAAUAGCUUCUUUUCCCAGAGUUAUUUCGGCAUUAGAUUGUCAUGAUUCGUCGAUUUUCCAAAACUCCAGACUACGUGCUCGAUUGGAAGCUGGUACUGUUGGUGAUGGAAUAAUCUUGGCAGAUGGAGGUUGUGCAUUAAAGCUAUAUCUCAUAACUUCAUUACAGAAUCAUCAAAAUGAUGCUGAAAGAUUGUUAAACGAGUCGCAAAUUAGAACUCGCAAUACUGUCGAACGGACGUUCGGUGUUUGGAAGCGCAGGUUUCCAUGUUUAGCGACAGGAAUGCGUUUUUUGGUGGAUCAUGUCCUUCUUAUGAUAGUAGCGAUAGCAGUUUUACAUCAUAAAGCACGGAGGCGGCUGAGCGAAUGA